AUGGACCCCCGGGGACCAGUCCGUCUACCCUCCCAGCAGCCUGAGAAGCCUGUUCGCGUUCGCCGUCGCAAGACUAGGAGGGAGCGAAACAAGGCCCUGGUGAGCGGCCACCGGCCAUUAGCUCAUCAGGACCGUCCGGUGUCCAGUCAGGAUCCUUGGGCGAUCCUCCAGGAUCCCGUGGCGUCUGCAGCCCGCAAGCUUGUCGUCAUCACUCAAGGCAGGCUGAGCCGGGAGCACCGGGGUCUCUUCAGCCACGAGGUGAAAUCCCUGGACGUAGCCCGGCUGCUCAGUGGUGACUCCUUGGAGCCCUGUACCCCUCUGCUGCCCAGCGCGCUCUCCUGCAGCCCAGUCAGGAUCCUAGAACCAGCCAUACAGUCCAGAGACAAGGAGAACUGGCUACCAGAAGGUUCAGGCCCAGGCCCGCCAAAUUCCCCAGAGCUUCCGGUGUUGGGGCGGCUGCUGGAGGAACUGAAGUGCCAGGUGGCCCUGCCACCAGCCUUCCCCAGGAGGAACCUAGUGCAGGAGGCCAGAGACACCAUCCUGAGAACCUUGCAAGGCUGCCAUGGCUGUGUGCCUGACCUUGCCCUGGUGCUCCAAGGUCACCAGCCACCACCCUUGCCCGAGACCAAACCGAGGGCCCCUGAGAGACGAAGGACAGCGCCUUCCUGUGUCAGCGCUCCUGAGCAUGCGCCAAGGGAAGGGAGGCAAAGGACUCCACAGGCACCAAAGGGGCACCACGUUGCCCUAACUCACACUCGCAGCAGCACCCCUACACACAAGGCCAGCCAAGUGCCACUUACAGAUCGCCAGCUGCCGUUCUUGUCCUCGGUGUCUUCACCAUCUGGAGCAGCUUGGGGUCCCCCAACAGCUUUCGAUAUGCUGAAGAGCAUCUGGCUCAUAGCCACCCCACCCCAGCCCCUGCCCUGGGAUGUCUGCCCACCUCAGCCCCUCCCUCAGCCACCGUCACCCUUGCUGCCCCGAACAUCUGCCUUGGACUGGAGCCCCAACCCUCCUGGCCCACUACCCAGUCUCUCCUGGGUGGUGACUCAGAGCAGUCCAGAGGCUUGGUCCUUCCCCCCAAUGAGACUAUACUGA